AGUGUUACGACGAAACCAAAGCAAGGCAGCUUUAACUGGAGUGAUUAUUUCUAUCCUAGAUCACUCACUACUCGUAGCCAUGCCAGAAAACCCUUCUACAGGCACUUCUACAUUAGAGAAGCAGAAGGUUUUGCAGGCUAUUGAUCGCUUGCAGGCAAAAUUGAAAGAAAAAGGAGAUUCUUCUCACAGUCAGAAACUGAGCAUUUUGUGUAGUACAUUGAAGAGUCCUUCGUUUUGUCAGCUCUUGACUUUACAGCAGUCUGUAAGACAACUGAAGGAGCAGUUGAAUCGCAUGCCUCCAGAUCGCUGUGCAGAUUUUGAUUUUUCUCAGAAAGGGUUGUUGGUAUUUAGUGCUGAUCGCCGCAUUAGCAUUGCAAGUGGAUCUGCUCAGCAGAACAGUAAGCCAAAUGGUUCUCAUGGCCAGACUUUGGAUACAAAGCCUCCAAGCUUACCAAAUUUUGUGUCACCACAUCUUUCUGAUGAUUUUGAUAAAACUAUCCAAGCCAUGGCCCAGGGAAGGUAUAUUGAACAUGUACAUAUGCAAAGGCCAGCAUUUGGAAGUCUGGGAUUCAGUGUAACUGGCUUAAAAUGUGAAAAUGGAGGAGAACUUGGCAUCUUCAUCAAAGAAAUACAUCCUGGCAGUAUUGCAGAAAGGGAUGGAAGACUGAAGGAAAAAGAUCAGAUAUUGGCCAUUAACCGUACUGCACUGGAUCCAAAAAUUUCCCAUCAGCAAGCCAUUGCUUUGCUCCUGCAAUCUGUUGGAUCUGUGGAUUUGAUAGUUGCCAGAAGUCCUUUCUCAAACAUAAGCAACUCUUCUGUAGAUGUGCCAACUGCAGCAGCUCCACCAAUCCGGUGGGGCCAUAUUGAAGACAUUGAGCUAGUGAAUGAUGGCUCUGGUUUAGGUUUUGGAAUUGUUGGCGGCAAAUCGACUGGAGUUGUUGUACGAACAAUUGUCAAUGGAGGAUUAGCCGAUCGAGAUGGAAGACUUAAAACUGGAGAUCACAUCUUACAAAUUGGAGGUACAGAUGUGCAGGGAAUGACCAGUGAGCAAGUUGCCCAGGUGCUCAGACAAUGUGGAAAUCGUGUUAAGCUGCUGAUAGCUCGAGAUCCCAUUGGAAGAAUUCCAGUCAAACCUCCAGCACCAGUGGGCUCUCCCGUUUGUGCUGUUCCUCCCCUGGUGCCAGCAAGGACUCCAGCUGCAGCAGACCUCAGUGACUUUGAAAUCUAUGAUGUUGAACUUGAAAAAGAUGGAGAAAGCCUCGGAAUUGCUGUUGUUGGACAUGUUGGAACAUCUAACAUUGACUCUUCAGGGAUUUUUGUGAAAAGCAUAAUACCUGGAAGUGCUGCUGAACACAGCGGUCUCAUCAAAGUUCGUGACAGGAUCAUAGCUGUUGAUGGAAAAAACGUUCUGCAUUUACCUAACCAAGAUGUUGUGGAAACUUUGCGAAAAACUGGAAAAACUGUGCGUCUUACUCUAGCAAGAAAGGCAGUGCAGUACACUCCAUUUCCUACAGAAAAAUCUUUGGACAAAGUGAAGACAGAAAGCAAACGUUUAUCAUAUGUUGAAAGUCUGAAGAUCAGAACAAAGCUGGACAGUGACAGUGAUGAAGUUAAAGACCAGGUAGAUCAUAUUCAGAAAGAAACAAAAGUCGAGCCAGAGUUUACAGGUUUCACUAUAAAAAUGUAUAGUUUUAAUAUAACAUUUGGAGGAUUGUAUCACACAGGAAAUGUUGAUUUCAUGGUCAUUUGA